AUGUCUCUACCGUCUUCUGAAGCGCGCCCGCGCGGCGUGCUAUCAUGCUUCAACAAAAGACUGGUCUAUUCGUGUGCCCUCAUUGCCAUCUCCCAGAUCAACUUCGGCAUGGACCAAUCCGCCUUCUCCAAUACCCAGGCGAUGCCAGCCUUCAAGGAAAUGUUUGGCACCUACAACGAAGCCACAGGCACGUACGCCCUCGAUACGGUCUACCUCUCCCUGCUUAACAGUAUCAACUACGUCGGAUUUGUAUUCGGUCUCGUCACAGGAAACUUGCUGAGUCGAAGAUUCGGCCGUCGCAAAGCCCUGUUCAUCAUGUGUUUCUGGGCUAUUGUCGCUGCCAUUAUCUUGGUCACGUCGCGUCACCGAGUACAAAUGGUCGUCGGUCGAACGGUCGCAUACGUCUACAUUGGAAUGGAAUUGGCCCUUGUGCCCGUGCUCCAGUCCGAGUUGGUACCAGCUGAAGUGCGAGGCCUGGUUGUGGGUACAUACCAGUCUGGAUUGUUGUUCGGUCAACUUCUUAUGGCUGUCAUUUGCCGAGGAACGAGUGAGCUCGAGGGACACUCAUCUUGGCGCAUUCCUCUGGGCCUGUUCUUUGUCAUCCCAUCUAUUCUCGCAGUCGGCAUAUGGUGGAUUCCUGAGUCUCCCCGUUGGCUCCUGACCAGAGGCCGUUCCGAAGAAGCUCGCGAGUCCUUGAAACUUCUGCGCGAAAAUGCCUACACCGAUGAAGAGAUCGAGUCCGAGUUCAGUCAGAUCCAGAUCUCCCUCGAGAGAGUUACGGAGACGGGCAGCUUCAGUGAGCUGUUCCAAGGGACAAACCGCAAACGAACCCUCAUUACCAUCGGAGUCAACAUCUUCCUCCAGCUGACCGGCCAAAACUUCAUCUCCGUUUAUGGUACCGUCUUUAUUCAGUCCCUGGGCAGCGUGAACCCUUUCAUGAUGUCAUGCAUCAACUCUUCCGCUGGAAUCAUCAUGGUUCUCUUCGCACAGUCUUUAGUAGACAGGACAGGCAGAGUUCCUCUUAUGGUGGCCGGAGGAGUCAUUCAGACAGGAGCUCUCAUGACAAUGGGUGGCCUUGGAACAGUGACAGAUCCUUCUAGCAGCAUAAGGAAAGGCAUUGUCUCCAUGACAACCAUUUUCAACAUUGGAUUCUGUAUGGGAUGGGCACCUCUCUCCCACGUCGUGUCCGCCGAAAUCCCCACGACCCGUCUUCGCGACCUCACAUACGCCCUCGCCUCCAGUUUCAACGUCGUGAUUCAGUUUACGAUUUCCUUCACCAUCCCAUACCUUUUGAACAAGCCGUAUGCCGGGCUUGGAUCAAAGGUCGGCUUCAUUUUCGGAUCGACGUCAGUCCUUGCGUGCAUCUUCGCUUGGUUCUGCAUUCCAGAGUGCAGUGGCAAGAGCCUCGAGGAAAUUGACGAGCUGUUCCUUGCUGGAGUGCCAAUUGGACGCUUUGGGAAAACGAAGCUAACUGAGCAUGUGGAGGAUGUAGAGGAUCUAAAGAAGUGA